AUUAGUAAUUACGAUUAAUCUUAAAAGCACUUUUCCUUCUUCUUCUUAUUCACCAGUCGCUUCCACCUUUUACGACGGGGAUGGCAGAUGAAUUUGUUGAGUACGGCGGUUACGCAGGAGUAGUGCACCCGUACUGGCUUUGGCCUCCGUAUCAGCAGCAUCCUUCAGUUUCCACUCCGCCGUUUCUCGCAACCCCAUCAUCCUACGAUCAUCCGAUGAAUAUUCCUCACGUCUCUUAUCUACACCCAUCGCCUUCGUAUGGUGAUAAUUCUCGCUCUCCGACGCCACCUCCUUCAUCGUCUCAACCCGUUGCAGGAGGAAAUCAUCUAGGUCACGGGGGUGAAGAUUCUUGCUCGUCCUCUCCGGGUGGUGGAUAUUACCCUUCAAUGGAAACAUCAUCAUCCUCUGGCGUUGUCUAUUGUCCUCCUAUGGAGAGGCAACGCGUGCCUCCUUACAGCUCAGCUACAGUCUCUUCUUUAGCUGACAUGCUUAUCAGAAACUCUCAGGAGCCUUUCUAUCUGCCUGUCCCUCCUUCUGGUGUUUGUGCUACUACUAGCAGCAGCACCUAUGCUUUUGAUCUCAACUCUGGUACACAUGAAAGCGUGGAUGCUGCUGUCUCUGCUCCUCCUUACCUACGUGUUCCAUCUAUGCAUAUCACACAAGGUUUCUUUGGUGGAAAUCGGCCGACUGGGAUUCGCUUAGGAGAUGGAAGAUCGUUCCGUGACAAUGUUUCUAGUCACUUCCCUGAGUAUAUUCAAUUUGGUGCUUCUGUUGAACCGGUGCUUGGAUAUGGUGAUGCUACUGGUCAUGUCACUGUCAAGGCUUUGUCAGAGAAUCCAGCUCUUCGCGAUGGGACUGGUUCACGGACUCCCCGGUCUUCCCACCCGCUACAGUUUGAUGCCAAGUCCUCCCUUUAUCACAAGGCAACCGCGUUGGUUGCUGACAGUGAGAAUGGUAGCUCCUUGAAGAAUGCGAUUGGCGAUUUAAAUUUUGAUGAGCAGCAUGAAUCUCGGAACCACUGUGUGGUAUCUUCUGAGGGACCUUCAGCGCCUACUAUGGGAAGUGGUGCAAUGAAAGCGGAUAACAGGAAUGCUGCUCAGUCAGCUGUCAGCUAUGGAGCCCACUCCGAAGGUUGUGCUAACAAGUCAACUGGUCAAUCACUAGUAUGUGAUCAAGGAGAUUUCACAUGCCCGGAUUCUUCUACAAGAGUUUCUUCCGUGGUUAAUGCCAUGCAUAAUCUCUCAGAAGUGCUUGUUUAUGAAUGCUUCAGCAAUAGAAGAAGCUUGCUGAAGCCCGAACAACUUGAGAAAAUAGUAGAGAAUCUCACCAGGUGCUUAAAGAAAAUCACUGGUGACAAGACUAUAGCAUCAGUUCCAACUCAAGCUAUACAUGAAUCCUGUCCAAACGUGGUCGACCUUAAUGAGGCCCCUAAUGUAGUUGCUGAAGACUCUCAAGGGUUUGAUGUCAAGCCACAGGACAGCUUUGGCUUCAAAGUCAAAGAAUCGGUGGAUAAGGAUAAGAAUGAGAUGACGCAGAGUAUUAAGAACACACUUGCUUCCAACUUUCCUGAUGGUGAGGAAAACCACCCACAAACUCUUUUGUACAAGAAUCUCUGGCUCGAAACUGAAGCUGCCUUAUGCUCCACAGCUUACCUGGCUCGAUACCAUCGGAUCAAGAACUGGGCUGGUAAUCUCAAAUUGCAGAAUAGAGAGACCUCUGCAGAUGCAUCAACCUUUAAGCAGGAACCUUCUCUUAACCCCCCGAAAUCAGUUUCCAUCAUAAACAAGGUAGAGCAGGAGACGGCUGAACCACUCAUCAAAGACGGGAGCACUUUUGGGAACAAUGUAGUUGCAAUGAGUCAUGACGCACCACAAAGCUCUAGAUUCAACACUGCUCCCGUUGAUGCAGUGCUCUCACAGAUGAAGCAAGAGUCCCCUGCAUCCACCACAGAGGAAAACCAUGAUGAUGUUAUAGAAAGGUUUCAGAUUCUGAAGCAUCAGGAAACAAUGCGCAAACUCAAGUCUCAGGAAACCUACUCAGAGACAAUGGAUGAGCAGGAGGAGGACAAUCCAGAUGCUUCGGAGAUGGCUACUAUUGGCAGAAGCAGCCAUAUGAGUGAUGUUAUGGGUAGAUUUCAGAUGCUAAAACGCCGGGAAGCUGAGCAAGUUCAGAAACCUCUCAACAGCGUCGUCGACUUUGAUUCAGAUUGGGAUUCAGAGUUCGAAUCAGAUUCAGACAGUGACCAAAGGUGUGAUUAUCUCUUGUCAGACUCGAUGAUGACAACAGGUGGAAACUCACAGAUAGAGACGUGCGCCAACACUGAGCCAUCUGCAGAUGGAAAAGGCUACGAGAGCCCGACCUCGGAUUGGGAACAUGUCCUCAAGGAUGACUGAGUACUGGAACUUCCUUGGACAAUAAGUUUCGAUCCUUUAAUGGCUUUAUUAGUGUAUUAAUAACAAAAGGCUUUGUGGAACAACAUUAAAUGAAACUGGUUCCUACUCUUAUUCAAAAUGUGGUUUGCAGUUA